UAGGAAGUAACAGAAGUAGGAAAGUAAAAACCAAAAAAGAUGAAAAAAGAGGAAAGGAGGUGAUGAAGAGAAAGAAUGUUGUGUAUUUUAACUUAUUGUUCAUGUAUUAUUACGUAAUCGUCCCUCUGGGGAUAAAGACAUUUUGUUUUAAUUGAACUGAAGACAGAUGGAAGAAGAAAGAGGAGAAUAAAAUGAAACUGAGAGGAUCCCGUCCAAAGCUUUCUGCUUUUAUUUCGAAGGGCUGAUACUCUACUUCCGGGUGUCGGGGCUUUAACUUGCUUCACUUGUUUUUGAAAACAGAGCAGCUGAGCGGAGCACUGCGGAUCGCUGCAGUUCUGCUCCGUCCUCUCCGGUUCCCUCACACCGACCCUCUCCUCCUCCUCCAGCCGCCGACAGCGCCUCAUCCCUCCGCCUGUGGAGGAGCGCAGGAAAACCCCAGAACGAUGCGCCGCGAGUGACCGCCUCUGCGGGGUUGCCCUUGACUCGGGGAGGACUUGUACGGGGCUGAUGGAGGUGACAUUGUGACGGAGCUGGAGCGCCGGGGAUGCUGGCCGGGACCUGAUCGGAGCAGCAGCAGCAGAGUCCCCGCUGAGGUUCAGGGGAGGUUGGGGGUGGAAGUAGGGAGGCCUGAGUGGUCUCCACCUCCGGAUCAGAUCCAGUCAGACACAAGGCAAGUGUGCAUGAGCAGAUAAACAAAAGCCACCCCAGGCUGGUGCGUCUGCACUGCAGAUAAGCUGUAAGCUUCCUCUUCUAAACAUGUCGGGCAGCUGUGGUCUCGGACUGUGAGUUUUUGGGUUGUAGAAGCGAUGGCCGAACACGAGGAAGCGGAGUCUCUCAGGAAGGAGGAUGAGGAACCGGCCGCCAACCUCAAAUCCAAAAGUCUGCCCGUCUUAAACGAAGCAGCUCCCCAGGAGAAAACCUUACUGGACAGCUCGACCCGCAUGUCCACAGCAGCCCAGGAAAGCUCCGAGUUCAUCCAGCUGCCGGCCCGGACCGAGUCUUUCCAGGCCGAGUCCCCAACCAGAAGCACCUACCUACCAAAGCCCGGGAAGUCGGCUUUGAACAGACCGAGCUCCUACAUGGACAACCCGGAGGUCCGGAGAAGUAAGUCCAGACUGGCUCAGAUCCGCCUGCCGAGCAGGAAGUACCUGCGGCUCUUCCUGCAGGACUCGCGCUGCUUCCUGUUCUGCAUGUGCUACCUGACCUUCAUCCAGUCUCUCAUGGUGUCCGGCUACCUAAGCAGCGUCAUCACCACCAUCGAGAAGCGCUACAGCCUCCGCAGCUCGGAGUCGGGCCUCCUGGUCAGCUGCUUCGACAUUGGGAGCCUCGUGGUUGUGGUCUUCAUCAGCUACUUUGGCGGUCGGGGUCAAAGGCCACGCUGGUUGGCUGUUGGCGGGAUCUUCAUCGCCGUGGGCGCCGCUCUCUUCUCCUUACCUCACUUCAUCUCCCCGGCCUACCAGAUCCAGGAGCUGAACUCUUCCUCGGCCAACGAGGGGCUGUGCAUGAACAGCAACGCCAGCGGCAGGGACCGGGUUGACAUCACUUCCUGUCCUAGGGACCAGGACGGAAACGAGCACCGCCUGUAUGUGGCGCUGUUCGUCAUCGCGCAGAUCCUGGUGGGGAUGGGGUCCACGCCCAUCUACACGCUGGGUCCCACGUACCUGGAUGACAACGUGAAGAAGGAGAACGCGUCACUCUACCUGGCCAUCAUGUAUGUGAUGGGAGCUCUGGGCCCGGCGGCCGGUUACCUGCUGGGCGGAGUCCUGAUCGGGUUUUACGUCGACCCAAAGACCAUGGUGAACAUCGACCAGAGCGACCCGCGCUUCAUCGGCAACUGGUGGAGCGGCUUCCUGCUGUGCGCCGUCGCCAUGCUGCUGGUCAUCUUCCCCAUGUUCACCUUCCCCAAGAAGCUCCCUCCUCGACACAAGAAGAAGAAGAGGAGGAAAAAGCUGAGCCUGGACGACAUGUCCAGCGACGACGACGUGCUGAAGGAGAAGAGCAACAACAGCAAGCAGCAGACAGCCACCUCGUCCAUGGGCUUCGGGAAGGACAUCAAAGAUCUUCCCAAAGCUGCGGUCAGGAUCCUCAGCAACGUGACCUUCGUCUUCGUCAGCCUGUCCUACACGGCAGAGAGCGCCAUCGUCACCGCCUUCAUCACCUUCAUCCCCAAGUUCAUCGAGUCGCAGUUCGGGAUCCCGGCCUCCAACGCCAGCAUCUACACCGGUGUGAUCAUUGUGCCCAGCGCCGGCGUGGGCAUCGUGCUGGGCGGCUACAUCAUUAAGAAGCUGAAGCUGGGCGCUCGGGAGUCGGCCAAGCUGGCGAUGAUCUGCAGCGGCGUGUCGCUGCUCUGCUUCUCCACGCUCUUCAUCGUGGGCUGCGAAAGCAUCAACCUCGGAGGAAUCAACAUCCCCUACACCACCGGACCGACGCUCACCAUGACUCAGAGGAACCUGACAGGAGGUUGUAAUGUGAACUGUGGAUGUAAAAUUCACGAGUACGCGCCGGUCUGCGGCUCCGACGGGAUCACGUACUUUAACCCCUGCCUGGCCGGCUGUGGCAGCGUGGCCAACGACACAAACGGGAUCAGGAACUACUCGGACUGCGCCUGCGUCCAGAGCCGCCAGGUCAUAACGCCGUCGUCCGGCGGUCAGGGCAGCAACCAGCUGCAGCUUGUCAUCGUCAAAACCUACCUGAAUGAGAACGGCUACGCCGUUUCCGGGAAGUGCGACCGAACCUGCAAUACCCUCAUCCCCUUCCUCAUCUUCCUCUUCAUCGUCACGCUCAUCACCGCCUGCGCCCAGCCCUCCGCCAUCAUCGUCACCCUCAGGUCUGUUGCAGAGCAGGAGCGGCCGUUCGCUUUGGGGAUGCAGUUUGUUCUCCUCAGGACUCUUGCCUACAUCCCGACGCCCAUCUACUUCGGCGCCGUCAUCGACACCACCUGCAUGCUGUGGCAGCAGGACUGCGGCGUUCACGGCUCCUGCUGGGAGUACGACGUCACCUCCCUGCGCUUCGUCUACUUCGGCCUGGCCGCCAGCCUCAAGUUCCUCGGCUUCCUCUUCAUCUUCCUCACCUGGUACUCCAUCAAGUACAAGGAGGAGCGGGUGGAGCGCUGGCUGAAGCGCCACCUGUCGCCUGUCGACACCGUGGGAAGCCUCGUGUGCCACCCGGGGGGCCACAAGGGCCACGCCCGCACCCGCUCCUGCCCCGUCAACAUCCCCCGCACCGACCCCGCCGCCAACGCCCUCAACCGAGGCGUCAGCACGCAGAGUUGCCCCGGCAACGAGCUGAAAGCAAUAACUCCUCCCCCUGUGGAUCCGAAUGCGGCCUCCCCGGCCCCGGUGGCCCCAGCCUCUCCGGCCCCGCCCUCUCCGGCCCCCCCGGCCCGCUCACUGGAACACGUCUCAGUUCGGGUUUAAUCCAGAUUCAUUCACAGGUUUCAGAGAGCAGGAAGCUUUGAGCUUUUCUGACAAAAGAAGAGAAAAAUCUGCUGGAUUUCUUUGUGACAUGGAGAAAAUCCCAGUGGGCUGUUUGGUUCACUGCUCAUAAACCCACACUGCAAAAACACAACAUCUUACCAAGUAUUCCUGGUCUAGUUUCUACUGCAAAUAUUUGAUCACACUUAAAAUAAGACUGAUAAGUUAUAAAUAACUUAUCAGCAAGACAUAGGAGAUUGUUUUAGUUCCUUGAUUUUGAUGGAAGAAAUUGGCAGAUUAUCUCACUUAGAACAUGGAAAAAUGUUUUGUUAUAAGUGAAAUAAUCUUCAAAUAAGGAUUUAAUACUUUUACUUCAUAUUUCUUGCUGAAACAUUAUUUUUAGGUCAUUUUAUCUUAUUUAAAGUGCACUAAACUAUUUGCAGUAGAAACCAGUUUAAAGGUAAGGUUCUGUUUUGCAGUGCGCCCCGGCUACACGUGCCUUCUGUCACCUCAACCCUCACAGGAACAGAACGAGCAGAAAUCUCCCGUCAGACUGCAGGACUCUCCCGAACGGUGACCUCCGCUUUCUCCUCACUUCCUCCUUCUUCAUUUCUUCACCGUCACUCGAGUGAUGUUCGUCCUCAUCUAAAAAAAACAACAACAAAAAAACUCCUGGAAAUGUGAUACAGGAUGAUUCAGUGUUAGGAACUGGAAACCGAUGGCAUGGUGCUACGUGAAAACAGCGUUUAGAGUCCAGCUUUAUGUUUGUUUCUGUGUUUUGGGCCUUUUGUUGCUCCGUACAAUCCACCCAUACGUCUCAGGAGCCCUGCAAGCGGCUCGACCUGAACAGGAUCAGCGUUUCUCCUCCAGUUCCAGGAAGGAAAUAGCUGAGAUGUUUCAGACAGAACAGCAGCAGAUGCACUGAAAACAAGCAGCUGAUCUCCAAGUUGUCUCUCAGCCGUGAGAGGAAAACGGUCUGAAACAUCCAGAUUGAAUUCUCUGCAUCAGUUCGCUGCACUUCACCGCUCUCCUCUGGAGGGAAGUAAAUAUAGAAACCUCUUCAUGACUCUCCACGCUGCUAGUGAUUGCAGAAUAGGUUUAGCUCCACUGAGACGCUCUCCUCACCGCGCCACGUCAUUUCUGCUCUAGCUUAACUUUAUCGCCACCUGCAGGCCGAUUUCUGCCUCAGCAGAAGGACAGGGUCGUUAUUUGGUCUCAUCAGGUGAAUAACAGCUUCAUCACUCAGAGGAACUACAGAUGGAAACGAGCAAUUUGCUAAAUCCGGUAUAUUUAUGACAAUAUUAUACGUUCAUUAAUAUACAAGGACCAAAAUAAAAAUUCAAAUCCAGCAAUCAGCUGCGCCGCAAUACACAGGGUUUGUUUUAGUCUUUAAAGAGCAUUAAAAUUAGUAACUGACAGUGGUGGGCGCUCUUUUGCUAAUCUGCUAAUGCGCUAAUAGCAGAGCUAAUUUCUCUUGUUUAGCAGUUUUGCUAGCACACAUAGCUUCCCCUAAAUUAAUUGUUCUGGAUAAAUUCUAAACUUUUACUUUGUUUGGCUGUUUUGUAAACAUUUAAUUGAAUAAAGUUCAACUUUUAUGUUUAUCAGCUUCAUUUAUGUAGAUGUUUAUCUGCAUGCUCUUAUUUUGAAAUCAUUUAUGAAUGGAUUUCUUUUCCUCACCUCUUUUUCUUCUUCGUUUUGAGCGAAUGGAAAGUGUUCAUGUGCUGCAGCUCUCCAGUAAGCUCUUUAAAAUCUGCUGAUGUUCUGAUCUGCAACAAACCGCCGACAAAAAUCAGCAACAGAGUUAGGAAACCUUAGCAACUAUAAAACUGAAACCAAGAGUGAAAGAUUUGUUCCAAAGAAUCUCAGCAGUGAUCCUGAAGAGGGCGACAUGCUGCGUUGUGUCACUUAGCAUUAGCUUCCUCUAAAUACCAUGUUAGUUUAGUGCUUUAGCGUUAGCAUAGCUAGCUCUUUAGCUUGUAGUGCCCACCACUGGUGACUUGACAAUAUUUGUUCUGCAAAACUUUAAGUUCAGAAUUUUAUUUACGUGUUUCUGCUGAAUAUUAACUCAUAAAAUCAAAUUUAAAUCUAAACAGUCUAAAAUAGCCUGCAGCUGAUUUGUUCCAAUUAUUGUCAUAAAAGUAAACUAUUCUGCUUUUUAAUAACUGUAAAAAAUUAAAAUAUGUUUUUCAAAAUCAGUUUAGAGAAAUUCGGCCUGAAAUGAUUUAGAAAUCUUCCUUUGUGGCGGACAGGAGGGACGUACUGCAGAGAUUAGCAGCUGCAGCUCUGAGAUGUUUCCACGCUGUCAGUCCCACUUCCCACAGCAGAAUCCCAGCGUUCCCAGCUGUAACAGGAAGUUCCUCUGGCUCUCUCCUGCUGAAGGUGUAAACAGGAACCAUGAACAAAGUCCGGACCUCGUUCCUCGGCACAUUCCUCCGACAUGUUUCAGUGUUUCUGAUGAAAAACUGUCUGCCUGAAAGAGAGGAUGGAGGUUUCCAUCAUCAUGUCUUCAAGCAGAACCUGGUGAUUUAGAAACAGUUAAAAAUCACCUGCAAGAGACGCCUCCUUACUGGAGCCCCAACUGAAAUUUAAUUUGAUAUUUUAUUGGAUUGUGAAUACACAAAGCCCAGAGAAGGUUAAUGUUUUGAUUUUUUUUUUCUUUUUUUAGUUGUAAAUCAUUCAAAAAUAGAUCAAUUUUGUUAUUAGUUGCAAACAUUUUCUAUAAAUCCUGAAAUUAAGGUGCAUCAUUGGUCCAUCGUUGCCCCCUGCUGAGUACAACCCCAACAUUAGCAGGAUAAUUAAAACAUAAUAUGUAAUCAAAUGUUUCUUUCUGAAUCUGAAAAGUAAUUCUUUUAAAAUAUCAUCACUGGGUGACUUUUUGUGUGGAAAUAUAAUAAACUGGAUCCACUAAAUGUACCACAUUUAAAGAAAUCUGAAAAACUCAACCAUAAGUUUUAAGAUUUUUAAAUUUAGAACGUAUUUGUUCUUUAUGAGAUGAGUUAAAUGUUGGUAUUUUGUCUGUAAAAUAAAAAACAGCAUUUUAAACUUUCUGGAAAAACAAAUCUUUAAAUAAAGUGUUUUCUGAGGACACCUGCUGGUCACUUUGGGAACUGCAUGCAGGGAUGCAGCAGCAGAUUAUCAACUGGAUUAAAUCUAAUCUGUUUCACAUUUAUCAUUUGAAUCUAUCUGCAAGUUUUCCUGUCUAAAAAACAAAAGAUUCAGUUGGAGAAUGCAGAUGCUGCACAGUUGGAGAUUAAAACUCCUUUUUCCUGCUGUGAAGACGCUUAAAGUUUUAAAUAUUUAUAAAUUCCUUACUCAGUCCAGCUCUUUUAAACACAGAAAACUGAAGAUAAAUAUCUAAUCUAAAGCUUUUGAUGAUAAUUCAAACAUUUAUACAAGUUUUAAACUGAAGAACAGAAAACUGCAGUUUAAGGUUUAGAAAGAACUAAAAAAAUACUUUCAAAUCGACACAAUUUUUAAAUAAAAUAUUCAAAAUCAGGAUUACUUCCUCAUUAUUUGAACAUUUUGCAGUAGGUUCUAUUCUGAUUAAUUAUCUGAUCUUUUCUUGACCUUAACUGAAUUUUAGGACAAUGAACAGAUUUUCAUAAUUUGCCCUUUAAAAUUACAUUUUUACAGCAACAAUUUAAAAAAUAUAAAUUUAGAUUCUCCCUGAUCUUAUUGGAAAAAUCUGUUCUGCUCAUUUCCAUAACAUGUUUUAAUGUUUAAAUUAAUUUCCAAUUUUUAGUUUCUGCCUUUUUGAAAAUUAAACAUAAAGUUAUUAAACUUUAUAUUAUUUUCUGCUGUUUUGAUGAUGGUUUGCAGCUGCUGAUUGUGAAACAGCCAUUAUGCUUCUGCACCAUUUUAUUGCUCCUUUAGGGUUUUUAUUCCUUUAGAAUUACCUGUUCCAUGUUUUGUGCAGAUUGUUUGUUUUAAAAUUCAUGUUUCUGCAUCACUUUUCAUUUUUGCAGGUUGAGAUUUUAAUCAAAAAUCUGCAAAAUGUCUCAAAGUUUUUAUUUUGCAGCAACAUGUUGCUGAGCUCAGGACUCUGCCUGGAUUAAAAGAGUUUCUGGUUUUAUUUUAAUGCAAAAAAAAAAAAGAAUCUAAACAUUGAUGCAUAUUGGUUCACAGACGCAGGAUGAAUGUUGCAUUCAAUGCAACGGGAGAUUUUAAGAUCUGAUGGAGCGUUUUUGUUUGUUGUGUCUCACAGUGAUCAUCUCAUAAUGCUGUAAAAGAAGAAAAAAUGAAACUUGAUGCUUAGUUUCAGUGUUGACACUUUAGUAGAAUGGAGUAAAAUGUCUUCAUGUAGAAAAGAGCAGGAAAUAGAAACUUUUGUCACGUCUGUAUUUAAACUGUCGUCUGCUGCAGCUGCUCUGUUUUUAAACGAUGCUCACAGGAUGAAGGAUCUCUGAAAGAAACGAAGGUUUACAACGUUACGUUCUUCACCUGAAAAGUCCCCAGAUUUUUCUCUGGUUCGUGGUUCAUCUCAUCGUUUCCAGACGGAUCCAGGAUCAGACGUAGGCUGGUAGUUUUUUUUUUUUUUUUUAAAGAAGUCAGUAUCUAUUUAUUUUGGAGAAAAGUGUUUCUGAUGCAGCACUGAUGAGAGGCAGGAUGCGGAUGUUCACUCCUGCCUCAGAUUCUUGACUUCUGUUGAUUCAAAAUGUGACCAACUGAAUAAAACAGUAUUACAGAAAA